GGCACUGACUGGCAUCACUGCUGGGCACUGACUGGCAGCACUGACUGGCACAACCCCUGGGCACUGACUGGUGGCACUGACUGGCAGCACUGCUGGGCUGCACUGGUGGGUGGCACUGGUGGGCAGCACUGGUGGGUGGGCACAGGUGGGUGGCAUUGGUGGGCACAGGUGGGUGGGCACAGGUGGGUGACACUGCUGGGCACAUGUAGGUGGCACUUCUGGGCACAGGUAGGUGGCACUGCAGAGUGGCACAGGUGGGCAGAGCUAGUGGGCGCACUGCUGGGCACAGGUGGGCGGAACUUGCGGGUGGCACUGCUG